CUCGAACUUUCCUAUCUCACAACCAUCCCCUCGUUCUCAAAGAUAUUUUCUUCUCUCUCUGCAAACCCACAAAGGACACAAACAGCCCUUUAUAGCUUCAGUUCUCUGCACAUCCCCGAGACAAAACAGAAGAAACAAGGCAAUCUUCUCCUUCUAUGGCCUAAGUUCUUCCUCCUUUCUUGUUUCUUUGCUAUGCUCGCUAUACGAAUUCUUUGACGACUGCGAGGCUUACGGUUUACCGUUUUGUGAAAAUUACUAGUAUUUAAGCAACAUGGAUCGAGAAGGAGGGUCCAAGGGCGGAUCUUGUUACUACACGGUUCUUGGGAUUCGUAGGGAUGCCUCCUUCUCUGAUAUCCGCUCUGCUUACCGAAAACUUGCCAUGAAAUGGCAUCCUGAUAAGUGGGCUCAAAAUCCAGGUGUCGCCGGAGAGGCAAAACGGCGGUUUCAGCAAAUUCAAGAGGCUUAUUCCGUUUUAUCUGAUCAAUCGAAGAAAUCAAUGUACGAUGCUGGGCUUUACGAUCCUCUAGAGGAAGAAGACGAGGAAUUUUGUGAUUUUAUGCAAGAGAUGAUCUCCAUGAUGAACAAUGUGAAAGACGAGGGAGAUAGUUUUGAGGAUCUGCAGAAGAUGUUUGUGGAAAUGGUUGGUGGCAACGGUGCGAGCUUCGAUCUGAAUGAUGAUGCAGCGAGUAAGAAGAGGGCACGUGUCAGCACAUCGAAAGGUAAUGCGGCGAAGCGCAGCACCUCCUGCUGUUGAUGCGUGAAUCCUAGUGGAUCGCCAACCACAUCUUUGAUUUACCCCUUUUUUUUAAUCUGUCGUGCCCUUUUGGUUUUAAAAUCUUGGUCCCAAACUAAAGAAAAAAAAAAAUCUAAUUGGGGUUUCUUGGGAAAUCUGGUGUUUAUUGGGGGCUAGUUUAGGUAACAGGGUAAUUUGUUCUUAACUUGGAAGGCUUGCGAUGAUACUAGAUUGAAUAAAAAUCUCUUCACCUUGUUUCUGUUA